CUUGCCUAUUUUGUGACUGGUGGAAGGGAGGCUCCCAGAGAAAUGCAGCUUCGAGCAGCGCUUGCAUCAUAUGAAAAUAGGGAUUCGGCUGUCAUUGCAGGGACUGGCUCAGGGAAAACACUGAUUAUCGCGCUUCUAAUUCCAUCGGAUAAACCAUCAGACGGCGCUACUAUUACUAUAUCUUCCUUGAAGCGCCUA